AUGGAAGCAGCGAAUGGUUCGGCCUAUUCUCAGACCUCGUCCAAGACAAUAGUGCAGUUUUCUGACCCUGACAACCUUUUCGACGAUGUUGCCCCCUUACUGCAGAACCGACUUCCUCUAGGUAACCUGCACUGGAAAUCACCGAGUCGUCCUUUGCGAUCAAUCGAAGAGCUAGAUGUUUCAUUGGAGCGAGAGCAGGUCAAGGCGGCAGAUGGCAUAUCCAGCACCAGAAGACACCAGAUACCUGGCCUACGCCAGACCCCGUUUGUCAAAGUGUUGUUGUUGAGAUGCGACGAUAAAGAGAAAUACAGAGAAUCGGUACGGAGAGAUGUGAAGGAAUGGGUCAAAAGUCUAGGAAUGUCGACCUCCAGCAAGUCCACCGCGAAGGGUUCAGAGAAGCACGAUGCCUAUGAGUACAUCAUUCUACACGUUGUUCUGCCUGGUACACCUGCUGCGACUCAGCCGAAAUCCUCCAAGCACAUCUCACUCGAAGCUACAGAGAGUACAGACAGCGUGAAUAGCAGAUCCAAAUGGGGUGGAAAGAGCACAUCCACAGUUCUUGACAAGCUCAGGGCAGACUUCGCAAGCACUUCCAAGGCGCCCUUCGAACGAGUGGCUCAAAUCAGGUUGACCGAUCCUGCGAGACCAAAUACAGCACUAAGUCCGCUAGAAAUCGAAGAGCAAUGGCAGGACCUGGUUGAGAAAUUGAAAGUUGCCAUCCUACAAUCUUUUGAUGCACGUGUUGCACAGUACGAGGAAGAUAUCCGGGAGAGAGAAGCACAACGCAGCUUGCCCGGCUGGAACUUCUGCACUUUCUUUAUACUUAAAGAAGGUCUAGCCCGAGGGUUCGAAAAUGUCGGUCUCCUCGAAGAUGCGCUCCAGAUAUACGAGCAACUCGACGUUGGUCUAGAUGCAGUCAUACAGGAUCAGGCUAGGGAGGACUAUGCCGAUGCCACGAAUGCUCUCUUGCCAUACGCUUCGGACCUGAAAGAUGUCAUAAGAUCAAUUCUUACAGAGAAGACCGAAAAUGACGUGAAGCCAAUCGAGUUGAGUCUCCAGGUAUGGAGCAAUGUUGAAUCUACGCGGUUUCCCUGGAAAACGGAACGUCGCAACUACCAGCAGAUGAUCCUCACCAACCAAGUUAGUGCUCUAGACUUUCGCAUCUAUAUCUUCAUUCGUCAAAUGCAGAUACUGCUUCGGAGAGCAGGUACAUCAGCUUUGCCCACCAGGUCGAAAGUGAAUCGUCAAGGCAGUCAACGUUGGGAUGCGGAUUUGCUCUCCGAGAUAUGUCAAAGAAGCAUCAGAUUCAUGAAUCUAGCUGCCAGAAACCUUCGUCAGGAUCUCUUAGCUGCAUGGGGUGGUCAAGAAGGACUUCCAGUUGACGAGCUUGUGACACAGAAAGUCGCGAUUGAAAAUAUUGUGGCUAGCUGGAAGUGGGCUUCUUGUUUGCAAACACUAACAGAAUCUCAAAUCAUUAGCUCUUUCUCUAGCCUAGCCUCUCGUUUCAACGGCGAUGAAAAAGAUGGCGAGCUGUUUACACUAUCACAUCUUACUGGUAGCCAAAUCGAACAGCGUGUGUCUAUUAGUACUACACCUUCCAACGAGACUACGACUUCGAGUAUGAACGGUACGACGCCACCAGCAACGACAGACAUAUUCGUGGGUUUGGAGGUCGCAAAAGGCAGCAAGGCCAAUCUGGUAUUCUGGGCAGCUGAGCUAUUCACCAUGAUGCGCACAAUCUUUGUCCAAGUCUGCAGUUGGUCUGGAUCGUUGCCGAUAGAGCUGCGUGCUUCCGGUGCAGAAUCAGAAGAGUCUGAUAGUGCACUAAAACCAGAUAUAGGAUUAAGAUCUCCUACUUUGUGCUCGAUUGUGAAAAAUGAGAAAGCCAUAUUAGGAGCAUACAAGUUAUUGACAGUAUGCGCUUGCCAGUGUUAUACAAUGGCAGCCAAGCGGAGAGCGUCACGUCAGUUGCUAUUUGAUCUCGCCAAGCUUGAAGUAUAUAACAAGAAUUAUGAGGCAGCACUUUCUUGGCUCGAUGCGAUUGAUGGACUCCUCGAUACUCCGUCUAGGACGUCUACCGAACAGGCCAUGCUGGGAUUGUACAUCGACUGCUUGCGUAGAGUGGGUAGAGAUCGGGAUCUGCUACAAAGCCUCUUCACCAGUUUAUGCUCAGUGCAUAGCAGUGAACGACCCACCAUGAGAAUUGAGGAAACGUGGAAAGAGUUAUUGACAGUCGUUGAAGGACUGGGCCAGGUCGAAUUUCCUUUCGAAGCACUAUUUCAGAUUGAGAAAAUCGAUCGUCAUAUCAGAUACCUUGAUCAAGACAGCGGCAGCUUUUGCGUAUGUGUUGGUAUACGCUGCCGCCUACCUCUGGCAGAACUUGGACGUGGUCAAGCCGAAGUCGAGUGUCGAAGCUCUACUCAACACGUUCCUGCAACAAUAACAUUCGCAACGACGGAAAUCUUCCGCUUGGAGGCAGGACAUAUCAAGCUCAAUCUGAACACGCAUACUGCCACCAAGGGUCGGUACGAUGCAGCACUCCUGCGGCUCACAUUUCAUGGUCUUGAGUUUGUCAAGCAUUUGCGAGCACCAUCUGCACAAGAUAACGAAGAUAAAGCUUUCGAAACCUCGCCUCCACCAGUUUCCAUUUACGUUUAUCCAGGUCCACAUGUGCCGGUUAUUGCAGCAUCGCAUGCAGAACUGGUAGACUUGACGCAGAAACGGAAUGUCUCUAUUCGAGUUGAUCCUCUACACGACCAAACUCGUCUUACCCGACUGCAGCUCAAACCGGCAACAGCAGGGUUGCGACUUGACAUGGUAUCGUCCUUCAAGAUCGAUGGGAGUGAUUUCAAAGUUGAGCGCACGAAUGAUGCAUACGUGUUAGUAUUCGACGAAAACUUGAAUUCAACGACUGUGCUGCAAAUACCUUACUCCUUUGACGACGGUACUGCAACCUCAGCAAGCAUGAAGGCCGAACUGACAUACAGCAUCGACGAUCAAGAAUAUCAGCUCUUCGACGAUCUUACCUUCAUGACCUUACUGCCAAUCAGCGUCAAUGUUCAAGAUAUGUUUCAGAGCGAUGCAAUUUUCUCUCGUUUCACUUUUGCACCCUCGAGACUUGUGCCCAUCUCCAUUCUGCAAUGCGACUUGUCAGGUUCAGCUGGCACAAAGGUGGUCCCUCCUCCGCAAUGGACUGCGCCUAUUGAUGCCUUUCCUAAGCAGCCAGUCAGUUGGGUCGUCCAACUGAUGCGGGAUAUGUCUGCGGAAAAGGCUCAAUCGCUCCUGACUGUUACCUAUCGUUGCAUCGACGAGAUCAUACUCGAGACGAUCUUGCAGCAGUUUUCACAGUCCUUGAUUGGUAGUUUAUACGGAUAUGCGUCUUGGUCUGCUCGUUCACAUCUCAGAAGCCGACUACAAACUUUGUGGACUCAGCAUGAGCUCGAACUGGCUACCUUGAGCUCCGAAGUUGAUAUGUGGACUUAUGAAGAACUCGAUUGGACAACGUGGCUCUAUACUUUUGCAAAAGAAGAACGAAGUGGUCUGGAGAAGUGGUUGCGACGAUGGCAUGACACAAACUCAAACAUAUCGCUUCGUGCUGAUCUAGCACCAAUUCACAAAUUACGACUAACGGUAGAUCCUCCAUUCACACAAAUCGUGGUUACCACGGAGCUGAGACCUGCGACAAUGAAGUCGUGUAUUGUUGGACAGCCAUUUCCGGCACAACUGAUCGUCUCAUUUCAACUUCACGUGAAAAUUGAUGCAGAGAUCACAGCAGAAGUUGUUGGCUUCAGCGAAUCAUGGCUGGUUGGAGGACAACGCAAGAUAACUGUUUCAACAGGUAGCGAGCAGAGAUACGAAGGCAGGAUUAUUCUGGUUGCACAGAGAACUGGAUCGCUCACCCUACCGGCGGUCGAUGUGAAAUGUCGUGAGCUCAAGGAAAAUGGCCAGAAUGUGGCAUUCGAGGUCGACAAUCUAAGCUCAGCGGCUGUCGCGGAAGUGAAUUCAGACGUUCGAUCUACGACGAUCGCAUUUGGUGAUAACGAAUCAGCAGAGGGACACUGGCUGACGAGCAGUCGUCAGUAUGGCUGA